AUGGCUCAGUUUCCCAAUGUCACUUAUCCCGACGCCAUCUCUCCGAAUCCAAAUGUGGUUUUGGGAGCUCAAACCAACCAGACUUCUCCACCAAGAUAUCCUAGCCCUUGGGGCACGGGGGCUGGUGAAUGGGCAACUGCCUACGAGAAGGCCAUCGCGAUUGUCGAGCAGUUGGUUCUUGAAGAAAAGGUGAAUCUGACGACUGGGUCCGGCUGGCAGCAAGAACAAUGUGUUGGCCAGACCGGAGGUAUUCCUCGUCUCGGUAUCCGUGGACAAUGUCUUCAAGAUUCGCCUGUUGGCGUGAGAUACACCGAUUUCGUCAGUCUGUUCCCUGCUGGCAUCAAUGUUGGCGCCACAUGGGACAGGCGUCUUGCGUAUGAACGAGGCAAGGCAAUGGGUCUUGAAAGUCGCGACAAGGGGGUCACUGUCCAGCUUGGACCUAAUGCUGGCGCAUUGGGGAGGUCUCCCACAGCAGGUCGCAAUUGGGAAGGAUUCAGUCCUGAUCCUUAUCUUACUGGCAAGCUAUUCGCUGACUCAAUCCGUGGCAUACAAAGCACAGGAGUACAAGCAAGUGCCAAACAUUACGUCGGAAACGAACAAGAGCAUUUCCGGCAAACUCCCGAAUCUCGAGACUAUGGUUUCAACAUCACUCAGCCUGGAUCUUCUAACAUCGAUGAUCAAACACUUCAUGAACUCUAUGUCUGGCCUUUUGCAGAUGCUGUCAAGGCUGGGGUUGCUUCUGUCAUGUGCAGCUACAAUUUGGUCAACAAUUCUCAAGCUUGCCAAAACAGCUAUCUGCUCAACCACGUACUAAAGUCUGAACUCGGCUUCCAGGGGUACGUCAUGAGUGACUGGCAAGCCACUGCGAGCGGUACCAUGGCUGGCGACAUCCGUUUCGGCGAUGGCUUGAGCUACUUCGGCCCCAAUCUCACCAUUGCAGUCUUGAAUGGUACGGUUCCGCAAUGGCGCCUGGAUGACAUGGUCGUCCGUAUCCUGGCUGGCUGGUAUUUGGUGGGCGGAGACACCGAAGUACCUCAUCCAAACUUCCAGUCAUGGACGCCCGAUACGUUUGGCCCGGUGCACGCACAUGUCGGCUCGACUUGGGGCACUGGGUUGGUCAAUCAACAUGUUGAUGUGCGACGUGAGCACGGACGAUUGAUUCGUGAGAUCGGGGGAGCCUCGACCGUGCUCCUCAAAAACACGCAUGGCACACUGCCUCUCAACAACAUGGCAAGAUUGACUGCAGUGUUCGGAGAAGACGCCGGCUCAAACCCUCUCGGUCCAAACGGCUGUCGCAAUCAUGCUUGCGAUGUUGGUACUCUUGCAGUUGGUUGGGGUAGUGGUCAAGCGAGCUCUCCCUAUUUGAUCAGCCCAGAUGCAGCUAUUCAGCAUGAAGUUGUCUCUCGUUACGGAUCGUACGAGUCAAUCACCAACAACUCAGCAUUCACUCAGAUCAAUGCUUUGGCUCGUCGCGUUAGGGAUAAUGCCGGGUCUGGGGAAGGAUUUGCUAACGUCGACGGCAACCUUGGUGAUCGUAAGAACUUGACCCUUUGGCAAGGUGCUGACGCCGUGAUUGCGAAUGUGUCUGCCACUUGCAACAACACUGUGCUGGUAAUUCACUCGGUUGGCGCCGUCGAGAUUGAUCAGUACAAGGACAAUCCGAACAUCACUGCGAUUCUCUGGGCUGGACUGCCAGGUGAACAAUCAGGAUAUGCGAUUGCAGAUGUCUUGUUCGGCCGCGUCAAUCCCGGAGCAAAAUUGCCGUUCACCAUGGGUCGCAACAGAUCUGAUUAUGGCACUGACGUUCUCUACACACCAAACCAAGAAGUGCCUCAGUACAAUUUCCAAGAAGGUGUCUUUAUUGACUACCGUGGGUUCGAUCACCGAAAUGUCACGCCAGUAUACGAGUUCGGCUUUGGAUUGAGCUAUACCACCUUCGAGUACUCGGGACUGGUCAUUGAGAAGUUGAACGUUGCCAAGUACCAGCCAACUACUGGUUUCUCUGGGCCUGCACCCACCUACGGCACCAUCGACAACGAUACCUCAGCUCAUACCUUCCCUGGGAAUCUGAACGAAUCAUAUGGUGCGACAGGCUUUGGCGAUGACUCUUUCAUACCUGAGAACGCUCUGAAUGGUACAAGCUUCGAGCAUUCUCCCUCCUCUGGUCCGAACGGCGGCAAUUUGUACCUUUGGGAUAUCUUAUAUCAUGUCCGAGUCAACGUGACCAACACCGGCAAAGUGGUUGGCGAUGAAGUGGCUCAGCUAUAUGUUUCUCUUGGUGGGCCUUUUGACCCAAAGAUCAUUCUUCGUGGCUUCGAGCGCGUGACUAUUGAUCCUGGUCAGACUGUGCAGGUCACUUUUCCUCUGGCUCGCAGAGAUUUGUCGAAUUGGGAUACCGUCAAGCAGGACUGGGUCAUUACUGAACAUAUCAAGACUGUAUACGCUGGCUCAUCUUCAAGAGAUCUGCCAUUGAAUGCAGUACUUGAGUAG